CCAGGGCACAAUGUGUGGAUCAUGUUCAUCUGACAGACCUGCUCUCUGCUCUUCUCCUGCUCUCUCACAGCCUGCUGCUCUCCUGAGGUUCCUUUCCCGGUGUAACUGUCAGAGCAUAAUGGUGGCAUUUAAAGGGGUCUGGACCAAGGACUUCUGGAGGGCUGUGUCUGGAGAAUACCUGGCCACUCUCAUCUUUGUCCUUCUCGGUCUGGGCUCCACCAUCAACUGGGCUGCAGGGGAGGAGAAGCCUCCCCCAGCUGACCUCGUCCUUAUCUCCCUGUGCUUUGGGCUGAGCAUCGCCACCAUGGUGCAGUGCUUCGGCCACAUCAGCGGUGGACACAUAAACCCUGCGGUCACGGCGGCUAUGGUUGUAACUAGAAAGCUGAGCCUGGCAAAGGCAUUGUUCUAUGUGGUGGCUCAGUGCCUGGGAGCUGUUACAGGAGCAGGGAUCCUCUACUUCGUCACACCUGCUGCUUUCAGAGGUUCCUUCGGUGUGACCACGGUGAACUCCAACAUCUCAGUGGGACACGGCCUUCUUGUGGAGCUCCUUAUCACCUUCGAACUGGUCUUCACCAUCUUCGCCACCUGUGAUCCCAAACGCGUCGAUCUAGGAGGCUCUGCUAGCCUUUCAAUCGGCUUUGCUGUAGCUAUUGGUCACUUAUUUGCAAUCCCUUACACUGGAGCCAGCAUGAACCCUGCUCGGUCCUUUGCGCCUGCUCUGAUCACACUUAACUUCGAGAACCACUGGGUGUACUGGGUUGGACCCAUUCUGGGGGGCCUCCUUGCUGCCGGCCUGUACGAGUACCUGUACUGCCCUGAUCCUGAGAUGAAGAAGAGGCUGAAGCAGGUCUUCCAGAAGGACCAGUCAGGGAAAUACAGAGAGGUGGAGACAGAGGACAUCGUCAUCAAGCCAGGAUCCAUCCACCGCAUCGAUCUGGAGAAGGCCGAGAAAAAGGAUCCUUUCAAGGACUCGACGGGAGAAGUGCUGUCUUCAGUAUGACUAUCACGUGCACUGGAAAUGGAGACCAAUCUGUAGAGCAGAAUGACAAUCAAACUUUGGAGCAUCCAUCUUGAGCUUGUCCCCGCUCCAAAGCUGAAUAGGAUUUCUGUCCACCAGGCCUCACAGCAAGACAGAAUUACUUUAAUUGUCAUAAAGCUAAUAUGAUGCUACAGCUCAAUCCCAUAACCUGUUCAAUACUCCUCCCGGGGCCCUCCCUUAACGAUUUUAGUAGCAGUGUUGGCGUGAGGCGCACGCUGCAGAGCGACUGCACAUUGUGUUAUGGAAAUAUGUGUGGGGUCAAGAAAUGAUGUGGGGGCAUCACGCUGAAUUGGAGAAAUGAAGAAGAAAAAGCAGGCUUGUUAUUUUUGGAUUAGUGUCACAUGUGGUCCGUGUACUCUAUGUGUAAUGACAGGAGAGAAUUUCCUUGUAAUCAUUAAGCACAUUAAGGUCCCGAGCAAUGUAAGCAUUACCACCAGAGCUGUGCUACAGUGCUCUCUAUUUUCAGUGCAUUAGUCAGGGAAACAACCAGCUCAUGGACAUGGAGACGUUGUGUUUCUGUAAAAGUCUCUCCACUAUUUGUUGUUUGUUGAUUUAUGCCUAUUACCGCAAGACAAUUUAAUUUUUUCUAAUUAGUAAAAAAUGUGGUACUUAGCUGUUUUUAUUUUAUACAUCUAGAUUUAGAUCUUGUAACACAUUUUGUAUUUCUUUGUA